CUAGCCUCCUUUACCAUUUCAGUUGCAGUUGCUCUUUGCAGGUUUCGUCUUCUCCCCCACCCCAAAACCCAUUUUCUCCAUCAGUAGCUGCCACUAUGGGACGCGUUCGCACCAAAACAGUGAAGAAAUCCUCUCGACAGGUGAUUGAGAGGUACUACUCUCGAAUGACCUUAGAUUUUCACACCAACAAGAAGGUCUUAGAGGAGGUCGCCAUCAUCCCUUCUAAGCGCCUCCGCAACAAGAUCGCUGGGUUCUCUACCCAUCUCAUGAAGCGCAUCCAAAGAGGUCCAGUUCGUGGGAUCUCUCUCAAACUCCAGGAAGAAGAGCGCGAGAGGCGUAUGGACUUUGUACCUGACGAAUCCGCUAUUAAGAUCGAUGCCAUUGAGGUUGACAAGGAGACUAUUGAGAUGCUCACUGCCCUCGGCAUGGCUGAUCUUCCCGGUGUCGUCAAGCAAGCCGAUUCCACUGUCUCUCAACCAGCCCCUUACAACAGGGGUGCCAGUUAUGGAGGUGGGGGUGCAAGGAAAUAUUAAUUUUCUUAGCUUUAAUGUGUUCGUAGUUGUAGUUGAAGUAAUGGGCUUGGUUCCUUCUUUUGUUCUGUUCUAUGGUUGUUAUUUAAAAAAUACAUGGGUCCUUUUCUUAAA